UGUUCGGUGAAAUCAAGUCUUUGACGAGUUAUCAUGAGUUACCCUACCGGACAGUGUCAUGUGAAAUAUUUAACUUUAUUUUUGUGACUAUUCGUGUUAAUUGAAGGCUUUCAGCGCCUAUAGACAUUCUUGAUUUAGCUCUUUAGCGUAUUAGUAGUGUCUUAAUUACUCGCAGCAAUUGUUUACAAAUCCUGGUAACCAAACAAACCAAACAAUCACUUUAACCCAAUGUGCUCCAAUCAAGAUUACUUGUAUUGUGUAUUUAAGCUAUUUUCAAACAUGUACCAACCAAGAGUCGAAUACAAUUUGCAUGCGGGUACAAAAGAGACUCGGUGUGCAAGCCACUGAUUAGGCAGACAAACUAAGACGUAAAGAACACUUAAACGCUUCUAACGUACUGUAAUAAGCUAAAUUGGAAUUUCAGUUUAGUUUUAAUCAAUCGGCAUACUUGGGUAAAAUUCAGAGUUAUUUUCGGAGUUGUUUUAUCUCCCUUUGAUAGAGUCGGCGCCGGUAUACCUGAAAUAACUUUAAAGAUAGUUGUUUCGUAAGAACUUGUACAUCAUGGCGGGGAAAAGUAGAGCGAUAGACAAAAAUAUGUCGAAGCUCGGGAAUCGUUUGAUAACCACGAUGCUAAAGAAUGAGAAGUUGGCUGAGAAAGAACUGGACAAAAAAAUGAAAGCUAUCAAAUAUUCGGAGCGAAAGUCUAUGGUGAAAAUAUGUGAAACUUCUCUUGACAUGAAGUACGAUAUGAGGAGAAAACGAAACACACAAGAUAUGGAGGAACAAAUUGCUAGUGAUUCAUUAAAUGCUACUUUUGGUCAAGGAAGGGUGUUGCGUUCGCCCAGCAUAUCUCGGAGGGGGAGCUACGCACCCAUUUCACCAAAGCAAGACGAUGCAGACGAGACGGCGUCUGUUUUAAGUCUGUCAAGUAAACGAAGUUCUACAGGUGAAGCGCCGGAAAUUUUAAUCAAUAACGAGAGGAAGGAGACUGACUCUGACUUUGAAACAGAGAGCAGGCGGUCAUCUGUUGCAAGUCAAUCCUCGGAUGCGCCUCCAAGCGAUGUGCCAGCUCCCGCGGACGAACCGCCUGCCAUCGACGACGCAGAAGCUCAAAAGAUGCUGAAUGCGUUUUCUCAAAGCACUCGUGGUUCUCAUCGGCGACGUACUGCGCCGGAAAUCACAGAUCUCUCACCAAAGCUGCUUAUUCAGUUAGCGAAAAGUUCGGCAGAGGUGAAAAGACGUGGAUCUACAAUGGACGGGACGGAGGGAGAAAUGUUGGGACCAACUCCACCAGCGUCCACUAAAAGACGUGGAUCAGCAACAGCUGAAUUGAUGCAAUCAAAGGCAGAGGCAGAAAGUGCAGAGGGACCUGUAUCAAGUUCACCCAUACUGCGGAGAAGAGGUUCUGCUGCAGUGGGUAAUUCUUCUUCACAAUCUCCGAAUCUCCGUAGACGUGGAUCUGCUGCAAUUACCAAAUCCAAAAAUGUGAUUUCUCUUGAAUUAAACGAAGCUCAUCUGAGGGGAAAAAUUUCGGAGCAAGCUCCGCUUCCGCCGCGACUGAAACAGCCCCUUUCUCCAUUACUCGGAAGGAGAGGCUCUGGUGUUGCGACUUCUCUCCGUCCUACAUCAGGAAGGUCGUCGCCAAAGGGAUCACACACAGAUUCCGCUUCAGAACAGAUGCUGCCAGAAUUGAACAAUGGGUCUCCCGCCAGGAUGCGGCGGUCACUGAGUCCAGGACGACAACCUUCUUCCAUAAAUCGUCCCUCCACCGCUAGGUCAUUGUCUUCACUAUCUGCAGAUAGUGCACUGGCAGAUAUUCAGUUGGAGGCUUCAUCACCUCCUGGCGAAUACGACCUUACUCGGCGACGUGGCUCCAGGCCUGGAUCUGCAAGGAGUUGUUAUUCCAUGCCUCCAGGAGGGCUUCUCCUUCCAAUCGACAGGUCAUCUUUAGCUAGCCGCCGAGGCUCAGAUUUCACCCAAAUUGACCUAAAUACUCUGUCACCCUCCUCACCUCUCCGAAAGGCCAUGGAAGACCCUCAAGCGACACUGAAUCCUGCUCCAGUGUCACCGAGUGUGUAUCGGAGACAUUCAGGAACAGUGGAGGCUCUGCAAGAUCGUGUUGAUGACUUCUUAAAAACACUGGCAGCAAAAAGUAGUUGAAAUAUUUUGAUCCUGAUACACGUAAUGAUUUGGAGUGACAUUCAAGCUCACAGUAUUUGUUCAGAAGUUUAUUCCAUGAUACUCGAUUUCUGCCUUUUUUUUUAUUGUCUCAGACCAGAUAAGUUAACAAUCGCUAAUUUUUCAGCUGCAUUUUUUGUUUGGAUUUCUGAAACUGAGCUAUGAGCAAAUACGCAUUCGCUAAAAAUUGUUCAAGCGAACAUAUGUCGUCGUAAAAAUUCAUGUCGUCAUGUCGAAGAAACUACGAUGCUACAUGUCCGUGAUAUACAUUAACUUUCACAAAGUUCAUUGUUCCAAGAAUUAUUGAUAUUGUGAACGCUCCCGUAGAAUUACACGUCAUUAUAACUCUUUGUACGAUGGGAAAGUUUGGCGUCUAUUCGUUUUCUAUCUGGUAUUUAAGAAUGCAUUCAUGUAAUUGUUCGUAAGAAUUAAUGGACAUGCAAUUAUCGGAUAAGUUUGACCGCGUAAAAUAGAAUUUCUUGUAACCAAUCAGAGUUGGUAUCGCCGCGCGUCGAAAUCAUUUUUCGUUGACAAAUAUUAGGAGGUUCACCCGUAAGUACCAUUUUAUUAUUUGAGAAACUUACCAAGAUUUUCCUUCGAUACUCCAAGGUGCUAGUUGUUAGCUCUGGUCGCGCGAGGCCUGGAACUCGCUCUACUGAGAAUUUACACCGGCAUAACACAUCGCUUAAACGUUUGCGCACGUGCGAACGUUGUGAUGACUAGGUGGCGUGCUUUCAGGCUACCAGAACCAAGUUGUCUCAUAAGAGUUAUGGGCAACAACGCAAGUCAGUAAGUCACGUUGUUUUAGAAACGUACAAAAUUUUUGAUAAAGCUAUUGAUAAUUCAAUAGGGUGCUCGUACUUGAAUAAACUUUGUCUUCGAAA